AUGUACAUGCUCAUCUGGUUCUCAGACCUGGUUCUCAGCAAUUUGUCUGUUUUGUGCCUAGAGUGUGGCCUCAGAGCACCCUGCCAGCCUCCUCCAAGGCGAGGUGAAAGGAUCAUAGGGGGGACAGAUGCCGAGGCUGGUGACUUCCCCUGGCAAGUGAGCAUCCAGACCAAGGGGAUACAUUUCUGUGGAGGCACCAUCAUCAGCAGCUGGUGGAUCUUAACCUCAGCACAUUGCUUUGGGAAAGAGCUGCCUCCAGAUCUCACUGUUGUGUUGGGGGGAAUAGACCUCAGCCAAAAGCUGGAAAGAAAAAAGCUGAAUACCUUGAUUCUCCACGACAAAUUUGACACCGAGAGCUUGGAAAAUGAUAUUGCUUUGAUCCUGCUUGAAUCUCCCAUCGAACCCAAUGACCAGAAAAUGCCCGUCUGCUUGCCCUUCAUAAGUGAUCCCCACGUAUGGAAAGAUUGUUGGGUUGCUGGAUGGGGAACCACAACUGCAGGGAUUGCAGUGUCAGCAUCCCGGGUGCUGCAGAAGGUGGAGGUGAAGCUGAUCAGCAAGGAGCAGUGCUCGAAGUGGGUGCCACAACUCGCGGACGGUAUGCUGUGUGCUGGCCUGGAGGAAGGAGGGAAAGACGCCUGCCAG